CUGGACAAACAAGAAGAAACACAUACAUACACAUGGCUACUUCCGUUGCUACGGCUAUGCCAGCUCCUGUGUUUCACCCCACAGUAUGGGGGGAAUACUUUAUCAAUUUUACCCCAGAGCCAUUGCAGAUCUCAGAUGAAAAGAUGGCAGAGAGAAUCAACCAAUUAAAGGGAGACGUAAGUGGUAUGUUCCAGGCUACCAAGAAUGUUGUGGAAACAAUGAACCUAGUAGAUGUGGUUCAACGUCUUGGAAUAGGUCAUCAUUUUGAGGAGCAGAUAGCCACUGCCUUAGCUAGCAUUCAUAGCGCUGAGUUCAAUAGCUCAAGCCUACAUGAAGUUGCUCUUCGGUUUCGCUUGCUUAGGCAGCAAGGGUUUUGGGUUUCUCCAGAUGAAUUUGACAAGUUCAAAAAUGAAGAUGGGAGCUUUGUCAGUGGUAUAGCGAAUGACCCAAAGGGCUUGUUGAGUUUAUACAAUGCAGCUCACCUUCUUACUCACGAUGAGGGGACGCUUGAAGACGCUAUCUUAUUUUCAAGGAGACAUCUGGAAUCAAUACAGAGUAGUCUCAAGCCCCCUUUAGCUGAUCAAGUUGGCCGUGCCCUUGAAAUACCAUUACCAAGGACCAUAAAGAGGGAAGAAGCAAUAUCUUUUAUCCCAGAGUACAGUAGUAUACAAGAUCAAACUUACAGCCCUGAGAUAUUGGAGCUUGCCAAGCUAGACUUUAACCUUCUGCAGCAUCUUCACCAGAAGGAACUCAAGGCAUUUACCCAGUGGUGGAAUGACCUUUCUGGAGAAAUUGGGCUAGACUACGUGAGGGAUCGGAUUGUCGAGUGUUACUUUUGGUCUUAUACUGUACACUAUGAGCAAGCGAAUGCACGUGCACGGAUGAUCCUAGCGAAGUUAUUCGUGUUAACAUCUUUGUUAGAUGACACCUACGAUGUGCAUGCAACUUUGGAGGAGGCCCGAGAGCUUAACAAGGCUAUUGAAAGAUGGGAUUAUGGUGAUGUUUCUUUUUUACCGGAGUACCUAAAGAAAUUCUUUGUCAAGGUAGUAAGCAACUUUAGUGAGUUUGAGGAUGAGUUGGAACCACAUGAAAAGUACCGCAACGUCUACCACAGGAAAGGGUUUCAAACUUUAUCGAAGUACUAUCUCCAAGAAGCAGAAUGGUUUCAUCAAGGUUUCACUCCAAGUUUCAAAGAGCAAGUGAGUGUGUCUGUCAUAACUGCAGGUGCUCAAGUGCUGAGUAUUGGAUUGCUUGUUGGCAUGGGCGAUGCAGCAACCAAGGAGGCAUUCGAGUGGGUCAUUGGUAACACUGAUGCUAUUUGGGCAUGUGGAGAGGUAUCACGUUUCAUGGAUGACAUGUCAGCGUUCAAGAAUGGUAGGAACAAAUUGGAUGUAGCAAGUACUGUGGAGUGCUACAUCAAGGAGCACAACGUCUCAAGUGAUGUUGCCUUGGCCAAGAUAGGCUCAUUUGUUGAAGAUGCAUGGAAAACCAUAAAUCAAGCACCUUUUAAGUAUCCUGCCCUACUUCAGGUUGUGCAAAGAGUUGCCAGCCUAGCAAAGAGCAUGACACUUUUGUUCCUUGACAAGAGAGAUGCAUACACAUACAGCAAGGACUUCAAAAAGACAUUGGAGAGCCAUUUCGUCAAGCAUAUUUUGAUCUAAUAUUAGCGAAGAAUAUGCCAACAACAAAGAUAUAUUUUGCUAGCGAGAUGCAUCAGAAAGCCCCUCUUAUGUUCUUCUCUACCCUAUAUGCAUUAUUUUCAUAUAAAUUUGAGUAUAUUAUGUGGGAUCCCUAUAGCAAAAAAGUAAGGCACUUAAUCUGUGAUGUGAGGUAGAAUACAUUUGUAUCAUGUUAGUGCGUGGGGCUUUGUUGUAACUUUUGUGAACAAAUUAUAUAUCAUCCUACUUAUUCAUCUUUC